GGCCGCACCACGAGCACGUUCAAGUGAGCCGUCUAGGGCGUGGUGACUAAGGUAGUUGCUAUGGGGUUGCGCUGAGUAACUCUUCAGGCUGUGAGACGCUGAAGCCGGAGGGUAAGCGACUGCGGGGAACAAUCCCUGAACCCAAAGGAAUGAAUCCCUUAUGAUGGCGUUUCAGGCCUCAGUGACAGGCUGAAGCCAGACUCCCAGGGCCCAUGUUUCCACCUGAUGAAUAAUGGCCUGAACUAUGAGCACACGGGACUAUAUGAACACUUCGGUGCAGGAGCCUCCUCUUGACUACUCCUUCAAAAGCAUCCAAAUGGUCCAAGAUCUGGUAACCGAGGAGCCAAGGACAGGUCUACGACCGGUGAAGCACUCAAAGUCAGGAAAGUCACUGACCCAGUCCCUGUGGCUCAACAACAAUGUUCUCAAUGAUCUGAAAGACUUCAACCAAGUGGUUUCACAGCUUCUACAGCAUCCAGAGAAUCUGGCCUGGAUUGACCUCUCCUUCAAUGACCUGACUACCAUUGACCCUGUCCUAACAACAUUCUUCAACCUAAGUGUCCUCUACCUUCAUGGCAACAGCAUCCAUCGCCUAGGGGAGGUGAAUAAGCUAGCUGUCCUCCCUCGUCUCCGGAGCCUGACCCUCCAUGGGAACCCCAUAGAGGAAGAAAAGGGGUACAGGCAGUACGUGCUGUGCAACGUGCCCCGUAUCACCACGUUUGACUUCAGUGGAGUCACCAAGGCCGACCGCAGCACAGCUGAAGUCUGGAAACGCAUGAACAUCAAGCCCAAGAAGGUCCGGGUCAAGCAGGAUGUACUCUGAGAUUCACAGGACCCCAGCACACCGAAUGCCCUGAGGAUGAUGAGCUUGGUUUGACAAUAAAUGAUUUGAGCUGUUGAACAGAUUAUAAGUCACCUGUACCUUAAGAUGCUCUCCACAUUCAGCAACUGCUAGUAAAACUUCACAGUGAAGGCAAAAGCCUGCUUGUUGGCUUAGGACCCAGGAGCCAGGUUCUGCCAUGCAGGAAACUUUUCUGUCCUCUCUGGGCCCCCUUUGUACUCUUUAGUAUUCAUGGGAUAUCAUGGGAAGAGAGAUGAGCAAUUUCUAAACUCUUUUUUUUUUUUCCCAAGAGAUUCUGACUCUCUGGUCCAAGAUGGCCUUGAACUUGUAGCAAUCCUGUUGCUUCAGCCUCCUGAGUGCUGAUAUUUCAGGAAUAAGCCACCAUGACUCACAGAAAUCUUCAUAAAUACCAAGGUGUGUGGAGCUGCCUUCAGCCUCCAGGCUAGGAACAGCAGUCAGCUGUAAUCUACUUCAGCAGAGCAGGGUAGUUUUACUCGCAGGCUGUGAUGCUAGUCAAGAUUUCAUUCCCUAGGGGGGCUGGUGAGAUGGCUGAGUGGUUAAGAACACUGACUGCUCUUCCAGAGGUCCUGAGUUCAAUUCCCAGCAACCACAUGGUGGCUCACAACCCUCUGUAAUGAGGUCUGACUCUUCGGGUGUGUGUGGAGAUA